UGAUUUUUUUCAACAGUUUAACGAGUUUCAUUAUUAAAAUGAUUAGAGAAAAUAAUGGACGGGCAUUUACCAGGCAUAGGUCAGAAAAAUUAUAUUUUUACUUACCAGUGAACCGCGGCCAGUGACUGUUGAGCCAGAACGCCCGUUUAAGACCACCUACCAUGGCGUCUUCGUCUGCGGGUGCGGUGCGCACACCACUGGAGAGCGUGUUCAGCUACAUUCCGCCCACCCAUGAGAAGGGCGUCAAGCAGGCGCUGUUCAACGUGGCCGCACUGGCCGGCGUCAUCACGGUGAGCGCCAUCGGGCUGGCCACGUACGCCGUGUUCCAGCCGUUCGUGAAGCCGCUGCUGUGGGCGCUGCUGCUCGGCACCGUCACACACCCGGUGAAGCGCCGGCUGACGGCGGCCGCGCGCCGCUGGCUGGCCGACCUGGAGCGCAGUGGCUCGCCGCUGUUCCUGCACGCGCUGCUGGCGCCGCUGUGGGCGUUCGACGCGGCCACGGACGCCAUCGGCGACGCGGCGGUGCGGCACAUCCGCGCGCUGGCCGCCUUCGUGGUGGCCAUCGCCGUGGUGAACGUGGUGUGGUUCUACACGCCGAGCGUACUGCUGGCGCUGCUGUGGAUCGUCAGCCACGGCGUGGUCGGAAACCUGCUCUGGCUGCUCACCAGCAUCUUCUACAACAAACUGCUGUGCUGGACGCUGCUGGCCGGGUACGUGCUGGCCGUGGCGUUCUUCUGGUCACCGGCCACCCGCCGGUUCGCGGUGCCCUGCUGGCUGCUGCUGCUCGGCUUCCUCUCGGGACUGGCCGGCUCAUUGGCCGGACCCAUCUUUGUCGGCCUGGUGGCGCUGAUGGCGGUCGGCUUCGUCACCGAGGUACUGGCGCGCCGCAGGGAGCAGCAGGACGAAGGCAUUAACGUUUCAAUGUCCAAGACCAUCAUGGCCAUUAUGUGCGACGAGUGCAUCUCUCGCGACCAGUCAUCUGUCGAGGCUGUGGCCGCGGAGCCGGAGGCUGCUCCUGCGGCGCCGGCCGGCCUCCUGAGUCCGGGCGAGGACGAGUCGCCCGGCAGCAUGCCCUCCUCCAUUGCCCAGUCGCCGGCCGACGCGGAGGCCACGCCCUCCGGAGUGGAGACCACGCCCACUGCGGCCUCCAGCAGCCGGGCGGCCGCCUACCUGGCGCAGAAGGGCAUGACCUCCACCCCGCUGAGCCGGGCCCGCCCGCGCACCCUGCAGCAGGCGGCGGAGUCGGAGGGGCCGGCAGAGGACUCUGUGCCGGGCCCGGCGCGCGGCUCCUCUGUGCAGACCGUCAGCGGGCCGGCCGAGUCGCCCACCAUCCGGCCCCAGCAGCGGCCACAGUCGGGCGAGCGGCCGUCGGCACCGGAUCCGUCCUCUGGCCACUCUCCGACCACAACCUACAUCACGGCGGUGGCCUACUGCUGCCUGGUGGUGGUCGUCUGGCAACGCAUCUGGCUUCUCUCCAUGCUGCCCAUCGUUAUCGUCUACUACUUCUUCAAACGCAUCGUGAUCAACUUCUGGCAGUCUGGCGGCCAGGACUCUCUGAUCACCGCCCUGCAGCCGGCGCUGGCCUGGCUCCAGGAGCGCCGCGAGGGCAUCAUGCCGCUGCCCGUCAGAGGUGUCUGGAAGCUGAUUCUGCGCGGCAACGGCCACGUGAUCGCCGGCGUGCAGGGCUCCGUGGACGCCGUCGUCACUGUGCUGGUCAUGCUCGGCGCGCUCUUCUUCGUCUCCUUCGCCGCCGUGUUCGCCGCCGUGCAGAUAUACGGCGAGACGGUGCACAUGAUCGAGAUGGCCGGCAGCGUGUUCAACCAGACGGUGCUGGCCAACCCCGACCUGCAGGCCAUGAUGCCGGCCAACAUGAGCACCAUGGUCGAACAGAUGAUCGACAACGGGUACCUCUACGGCAAGGACUACAUCUCCAAACUGGUGCGUGACCUGACGAAGGGCGCCGGCGCGCAGAGCCAGGAGCAGCUGGAGCGCGAGACGGUCGAGCUGUGGACGCGGCUGUACCAGGCCUGGGUGAGCUCCGUGGUGGCGGCGCCGGCCGUCGGGCCCGUGGUCGACGGCACCGGUCUGGCCUACGCCUGGCAGACCUGGCUGGAGAAGGUGCAGAGCUACCCCGACCUGCUCACCGUCGACGCGGUGAAGGCGGCCGUUCAGGACAACCUGGACACGGUGCUGUCGGUGCUGGACUCGUCGUGGGUCAUCCUGCGCUCCAACGUCACCAUGCUGGUGUCGGUGGUCACCCAGCUGAUCUCGGUGCUGCUCGGAGGCGGGUUCGCCGUGCUCAACUCACUCCUCAAUCUGAUCGUGUUCAUGACGGCUCUGUUUUACCUGCUGAGCUCCAGCGGCCAGCUGUACAAACCCGUGGAGCUGAUAACCAAACUGGGUCCGGUCAGCCGGGGUAGCAGCAGGUUCGUGAUGGCUGUGGAUGAGGCGGUCAGCAGCGUCUUCGUGGCCUCCUUCAAGAUGGCCGUCUUCUACCUGCUCUGGACGUGGCUGGUGCACUCUGUGUUUGCCGUCAAAUUCGUCUACCUACCGUCAGUGGUGGCUGCCGUGCUGGGCGCGGUGCCGUUCCUGGGCAGCUACUGGGCCGCCCUGCCGGCCGUCCUCGAGCUCUGGCUGGUCCACUCACAGCCGCUAACAGCGCUGCUCUUCUUCGCCGCCCAGCUGGCGCCCAUUCUGUUCGUCGAUACCGCCAUCUACAGCGAGGUCAAGGGCGGUCACCCGUACCUGACGGGUCUGGCGAUCGCCGGCGGUAUCUUCUGGCUGGGUAUCGAGGGCGCCAUCUUCGGCCCGGUGCUGCUCUGCUGCCUACUGGUGGCCGUUAACAUGUACUCGAGCCUGGUCAACACGCCCGACCAGGAGAGCAAGCUGUUCGCCGGACGGCUCAAAAGGAUGGGCACCAUUUGCUGAUUGUGGCUGCGCAGUGUGCCUGCUCGAUCAGCUGACCAGACGAGUAACUGAAUGUGACUACCUCCGGAGCGUCGAGUCCGAGCUGGAGGGUCCAUCAGAGUCACUCUGAAGGUGGGGUGGCACCUCGGCGUCUGUCCCCGGUCCCGGGUCACCGACCGUACCUAACAUCUGCCAGGGUGGCUGGUCUGUGCAGCGUAGUCGCUCCAGCCCCUGCUAGCUGUGCUGCGAGACGCGAAUCAUCGACUUUGUGCUUCUCGAGUUACCCGUCUCCGCCUUCGAGGGCUUAACCUUCUCCCAAGAUGUGGCUGUGCUCUACGCUUCGCGACUCUGCGCUUUGUUUCUGUAUAAGUGUCUGUGGCUCCAAAUAGACUGCGAUAUUGGACAGUGGCAGGACACUGCGAUAUGCACGCUGCACUUCACAGACUUUUGUGAUAGACACUGGGGUUGGUAUUUUAAACUGCACAGAGUGGAUGAAUUGUAAGCGUGCCUUUCCUUGUCUUCAUGGUGGUAAGCGUAUUUUAGUUGUCGCACUUGCUUAACGAAAACGAAUCGUAGUGUUCACGUGAUAUGUAUGAAAGUUGCAUGUCACAUUGCAUAAUGUUUCCCGUUGGGGAGGAAACAGACAUUUGGGUAGAUUCUGAAAUACGUUCUUUAGUUAUGCAGACUAGGUAGCUGAUAAGUUUGUCCAUGUUUCCAUUGUCUCAAUCAUCAACUGCCGCUAGAAGCGGUGUAGUAGAGAUGUCAGAUGUUGCCAGAUGUUUCAAAUCGUUUUCUUUGGUUGGUACUUUGCAGCACUUGAUUUAGUACAAUUAUCAUUAUUCAGUAUCUUUCAACACAAAAUAUGACCGAGGGUUCGCGUGCAAUGUAACUAGUUAGUCGCCGCGCAUGCUUCAAAGUCUACUAAGUGACUCGACGUUUGCGUCAAACAGUUGUUGUUUUGCUUCGCUUGCACACCUUGCAAUGGUAGCAGAUGCAUGGAAACUAUGUAGUUAGUUUUCAUGCGAACUAGCAAGGACGAUGUAUGCUUCGUUAUAAUCGUUGGUUUUUGCAUAGCCCAGCUAGCGCUGUUACGUUGAGUUAUUUAACAUGUGCACUGUGAACUAUGUAUGUUGUAAGCGAAUCUUCCUGCUAAUGUUAGCGCGUAUGACUUGGUUAGGUUAACUUGUGUCCGUGCGAAUGUGCCCUCGCCCGGCCGUCUCUACCGGCCCCCGUACCGCUGUUUGUUUACCACUCGGCCCGUGUGCCGUCCCCGCCGGUGCGGACGCUGCAGGCCGCCCCGUGCCGCGCCGACACCGACUAUAUUUGGUCACAGACGGCGACUGAGCCACACCACCGGCUCAGCACACCCACAGCCGGCCAACCCUUCCUUCCUUCCCUGGUAUACGCCCGUGGGCUGCGGAGGCCGUUUAGGGCGUUUUCGAGGUAACCUGAGUGUGCACUUCAGUCAUGUGAUCGCGGGUGAAAAUUAAAUCGUCGCUGGUAGUUUUAAGUGCACUGUGUGGGUAAAUGAGGAGUAUGCCGCCUUGUCUUGUUAAAUAGUGAGGGUGUUGAUCUGUUUAUGAUGAAGUAAUGGAGUUGUGUUGAAAUCAAAUGAACGCUGCUAGGUGAAUCUAUCCCAGUGACAAUUUUCUGCUAACUUCACCCACUGUCUAGGCUGGCCAUGACCUGACUGCCAUUUCGCCAACCUGGCAUGACUCAGCGCCUCCCCCUCGCGAUAUUGUAAUACCGGGCGUCUGGCGUUCUCUGCGACUUUGAGGCCACACCGGUCACACCGGCUGUGGGGUGGCCGGUGUACCCGGACCUGUUCGCUCCAUACGGCGUGGGCGCCCUCAACCCGUGCUGUCGGCGCCAGGGCCGGGCCGCCUUAGUCACACCUACUGCGCACUACACGGGUGGCAUUAGCCAGACUAUGGAUUGUUAUCGCGUCUGUGACUACUGAAUACAAUGGACAAAGCACUGAA